CCUACACGAACAGAGGCGGCAGUGCCAGUGAAUCACGCGUAGUAAUUCUUGUUUCUUAAUUUUGGUCGACUUUGGAUUUUCUGUACAAGGAAGCCGCGUUCUGACUCGCUUUUAUUUAGGUCCAGAUCUAAUCCAGUAAUGGAGGAAGAGUAACGUCCGUAAAUUCUUCUUGGCCGGAGCCGACACACUAGCUCUGUCUUCUUCUUCCUGCGAUCUAUAUAUCGAUCGAUCGUCCUCAAGGCCUCAAGCCUCUGCUCUGCCCUGCCGUGUGCUCGGUGGUUUGGCUCUUGGUUCCAAUCCAAGUCCAGAAAAGGGUAGAUAGAGAGGACAUGAAGUACAGCAAGGAAGCAAAGCCCGAGAGGGCGAUGGGCGGCGGCACCGGCGGCGUUGGGGCGAGGGCUUUGCCGGCGGCGCUCAUGGUCCUCCUCCUCUGCGGCUUCUCCUUCUACCUCGGCAGCAUCUACAGCAGCACGGGCCGCACCUUCACCCUCUUCGACUCCACCACCACCACCAUCGUCUCCACCACCUCCAAACAAUCCUCCGGCGGCGGCGGCGGUGCCAUCGCCAUCGCGGCCAUUGGCGGCAGUAAGGAGGAAGUGGAGGAAGAGUUCGGCGAGUGCCCCGCCGAGUUCCAGGACUACACGCCCUGCACGGACCCGAAGCGCUGGAGAAAAUACGGCAACUACAGGCUGAGCUUCAUGGAGCGCCACUGCCCGCCGGCGCCGGAGCGGUCGAGCUGCCUGGUGCCGCCGCCCAAGGGCUACCGGCCCCCGAUCCGCUGGCCCAAGAGCAAAGACCAGUGCUGGUACCGCAACGUGCCCUACGACUGGAUCAACAGCCAGAAAUCCAACCAGCACUGGCUCCGCAAGGACGGCGACCGCUUCGCCUUCCCGGGCGGCGGCACCAUGUUCCCCAACGGCGUCGGCGCCUACGUGGACCUCAUGGCGGACCUCGUCCCGGGCAUGAAGGACGGCUCCGUGCGCACGGCGCUCGACACGGGCUGCGGCGUGGCGAGCUGGGGCGGCGACCUGCUGUCCCGGGGCAUCCUGGCGCUGUCCCUGGCGCCCAGGGACAACCACGAGGCACAGGUCCAGUUCGCGCUCGAGCGCGGCAUCCCGGCCAUCCUCGGCAUCAUCUCCACGCAGCGGCUGCCGCUCCCGGCGAGCUCCAUGGACAUGGCGCACUGCUCCAGGUGCCUCAUCCCCUGGACCGAGUUCGGCGGGCUUUACCUCAUGGAGAUCCACCGGGUGCUCCGGCCCGGGGGGUUCUGGGUGCUGUCCGGCCCGCCGGUGAACUACGAGAACCGGUGGCACGGAUGGAACACCACCGUGGAGGCCCAGAAGGCCGACUUUGACCGGCUCAAGAAGUUGCUCUCGUCCAUGUGCUUCAAGCUCUACAACAAGAAGGGCGACAUCGCCGUCUGGCAGAAGUCUCUUGAUGCCGCCUGCUACGACAAGCUCACGCCGGUGACUUCUCCGGCCAAGUGCGACGACAGCGUCGACCCCGACGCCGCCUGGUACGUGCCCAUGCGCUCCUGCGUCAACGCGCCGCCCAAGCCCCACCGGAAGCAGGCUCAGCUGCUGCCCAAAUGGCCACAGAGGCUGGGUGUGGCGCCGGAGCGCGUCUCGGUGAUCCCCGGCGGCAGCGCCAGCGCCAUGAAGCACGAUGAUGGCAAGUGGAAGGCGGCCACGAAGCACUACAAGUCCCUGCUUCCGGCGCUGGGCAGCGACAAGAUCAGGAAUGCCAUGGACAUGGCCACCACCUACGGAGGGUUCGCGGCGAGCCUCGUCAAGGACCCUGUCUGGGUGAUGAAUGUUGUUUCCUCUUACGGGCCCAACUCUCUCGGCGUCGUCUACGACCGAGGACUCAUCGGUACCAAUCACGACUGGUGUGAGGCCUUCUCUACAUACCCACGGACGUAUGAUCUGUUGCAUCUUGAUGGCUUGUUCACCGCUGAAUCUCACAGAUGUGAGAUGAAGUUUGUGCUCUUGGAAAUGGACCGUAUCCUUCGUCCGACCGGCUAUGCCAUCAUCCGGGACAAUCCCUACUUCCUCGACUCUGCAGCCAACAUUGCAAAAGGGAUGAGAUGGAGCUGCGACAGGCAUGACACCGAGGACAAGGAGAAUGAGAAAGAAAAGCUUCUAAUCUGCAACAAGCCGCUUUGGUCAGCAAAGAAGAAGAAUAUAUAAGUACUGCGUACCUAAGCUUUGGGUCAGCAGCAAAGCAAGCAGGUCGCAGUGACCUUCAAAGGAUUGGUCAUCCAUCCUGUAUUUAGGAUUAAAAUCAUCCGCCCAACAAGAUAAGGCAAAGGCGCUUCAGACUCGAUCCAGACAUGAAAACACUCUGAUGAUACAACAAGGUUUAUGGUCAUCGAAAUAAAUUAUAUAUAUAUAGUUCAAUAUUCAUAUAGGGGUAUCCAAUACUUAGCUAUUAAUCACACAACAAUUAAUUCUUUUUUCAUUGUGAACAGUAAUAAGGGAAGGUAAAGUUUGGUGAGGCAACUGUUCAAUAUACAAUAUGCACCUAUUCAUUUGUACCAGUUAGGUCGUUGGUAAUGUGAUUGUAUGAUACAGCGGAAUGGCAACAGUAUGAUGAUGAUGUA